GAAACAGUGUCUUUAAGACUUAGAUUUACAUCACAUAUCCAGAAGGCUGUGAACACAGUUUAAAGACAACACAGAAGAUGAGUGCAUCUGAAGAACUGAUGAUUGUUCUUCUUGGCAAAACGGGGUCUGGAAAGAGCAGCGUUGGAAACACCCUUCUGAACAACAACUGCUUUGUCUCUAAAUGUUCCCCAGUGGCUGUAACUGGAGAGGUUAACAGAGCCAACGGCAUAGUCUGUGGGAGAAAUGUGACAAUUAUUGAUACCCCUGGGAUCUUUGAUCCAAACAGACCUGAGAAAGAUCUUCGUUCUGAAAUAGUGUCAUGUCUAACAGAGUGUGCACCAGGACCUCAUGUCUUUCUGGUGGUGUUUCAAGUGGAAAGAUUAACACCAGAGUCCAUGGACACUGUGAAGAAAAUUCAAGACUGGUUUGGUAAAGAUGCACUGAAUCACACAGUUGUCCUUUUUACUCAUGGUGACAAUCUUGAUGACCAGAUGACCAUUCAGCAGUUUUUAGAUCUGGACAAGAGUGACACAAAGAGCAAAACCAAUGUCUUCAAGAGCUUUGUGGAAAGUUGUGGAAACAGAGUUCAUGUCAUUGACAAUAAAUAUUGGAAGUCAGGUGAAGGCUACAAAAACAACAGUUUACACAUUUCACAGCUCAUGGAAACCAUAGAUGUGAUGGUUGAAGGGAAGGAAGGUAAACAUUACACCAAUAAAACUCUGGAGACUAUAGCUGAAGCGACAGAAGCUGAGGUGGAGAACAUUAAGAAAGAGCUGGAAGAGGCAGGAGAGGGAAAGAUGAUCGCAUCUGAAGAACUGAGGAUUGUUCUUCUUGGCAAAACGGGGUCUGGAAAGAGCAGCGUUGGAAACACUCUUCUGAACAACAACUGCUUUGCCUCUAAAUGCUCCCCAGUGGCUGUAACUGGAGAGGUUAACAGAGCCAACGGCAUAGUCUGUGGGAGAAAUGUCACAAUUAUUGAUACCCCUGGGAUCUUUGACCCAAACAGAUCUGAGAAAGAUCUUCGUUAUGAAUAUCUAACAGAGUGUGCACCAGGACCUCAUGUCUUUCUGGUGGUGUUUAAAGUGGAUAGAUUUACACCAGAGUCCAUGGACACUGUGAAGAAAAUUCAAGACUGGUUUGGUAAAGAUGCACUGAAUCACACAGUUGUCCUUUUUACUCAUGGUGACAAUCUUGAUGACCAGAUGACCAUUCAGCAGUUUUUAGAUCUGGACAAGAGUGACACAAAGAGCAAAACCAAUGUCUUCAAGAGCUUUGUGGAAAGUUGUGGAAACAGAGUUCAUGUCAUUGACAAUAAAUAUUGGAAGUCAGGUGAAGGCUACAAAAACAACAGUUUACACAUUUCACAGCUCAUGGAAACCAUAGAUGUGAUGGUUGAAGGGAAGGAAGGUAAACAUUACACCAAUAAAACUCUGGAGACUAUAGCUAUAGCCAUAGACGUAGAGGUGGAGAAAAUUAUGAAUGAGUUGGAAAAGGCAGGGAAGACACAAAGUAUGUCUGAGAUCAGGCAACAAGCCAGGGAUAGGGUGCGAAAUGUAACUAGGACACCUAGUUGUAAACUUCUGUAAGGCCAAGAUAAGGGGUUGCUGAAGCUUAUUCUUUAUUAGUACAUUAUAGCAGAGUAGCGCCCAUGCUAAUGCUUACCUGGAUUUUUGUCAAUCAACAUUGACACAUAUGCUAGCACAACUUUUCACUUUUAAAACAUAGCUAGCUACAUGUGAGAUAUAUCACCCUGAUACAUGUGAGAUAUAUCACCCUGACCUGAGAUAUAUCACCCUGACCUGUGCCUGCUUUCGUUUUGAAGUUUUGACUUGCCCAGCUCCGGGAGUUUGGCUAGCUUCAUCUUCUUCCCUGGGUUUUUACGGCAGCUGACAUCCAUCAUGUUUCAUUACUGCCAUCUUGUGGUUUAAUUAUAUCCAGCACAAUCUAGAUUGUCCGUAUAUUUCUUUAUCCAGAAAUUCCAACAGAUAUCUCCAGCCUUGUCCAGCUCUACCACAAUACAUUCAUGCCAACUCCUGACUUAUGUCCUGCUUUCUCCAUCUUUAUCAACAUGUCCUGCCUUUUCGUUUCAUAUUUCUGACAAUGAAUUAAAGGGUAGGUAGGCCUACUUAGGAAUGACUUGCUGGACCUGAUGUUAGUUUCCUCCAGGAACACAAAGA